GAUCCCCGCUGGAAAAGAUUUUUUUUUUCUUCUUGUAAUCUCACUGAGUCAGAAGAAGCCUGUCUGCUUCAGUACAGACAUAUCUGUGUGAUAAUCGCCUUAAGUUAGUUGGGGAGUGGCACGUACUGUUUAGGGAGGCAUGAAAGUGUGAAGAUUCUGCGGUGACGGCAGGAGAGAGUGGCAGUGGUGCAGGGUGGAACAUUUGAUUUCAGAAGGACAGUGUUCUCUGCUCCUGAUCCUUCAUGGCGUAUGCAGCAUACUGGAUGAGUCGUCAAAAAGGAGGAGCCACCUCCCCACUCGAUGUCCAACAUAGUAUCAAGUCUUCGGCCUACUACAAUCCCACUGCAGGGUCCUACCAUGGCAAGUCGCAGCCUAGCCAGGCCACACCCAAACCAGCAGCUCAGGUCUCCACCGUAAAGCCUGCACAGUUUGAGAAGGCAUCAUCAGGAUCCGCCAUGGCUACAAAGCCUGGGGUGGGUACCACGGCAACAGGUGGAGCCACAGGAAGUGGUGUCACAGCAGGAGGAAGAGCCUCAGUUGGGACAGCGGGAAAAGAGGCACCUAAAGCCAAACCAGAGACUAACACUACGCCGGCAGGUGCUACUGUUAUUGACAUGUCGUCCACUGGGGCUACUGUUGUUGACAUGACAUCAGCAGGUGCGAGAGGUGGUCCUAAAGAGAUGCCGAAGACCACACCUGUGUCCCAAGUCAAAGCCGCAGCUACAGCUCCUUCUCCUGCUGCUGGAACAGCCACAGCUGCUGGCAUGGCAGCGAACGCUGCUGUGACCAAACCGAAAGAGUCACCCAAAGACACGGCCAAGAGUACCACUGCCGUCACGACAGUCAAAGCUGAUGUGUUUAAAGCUGAUCCUGCUAAAACGUCAACACCAGCUGCAGCGGCUGGAAAUGUGUCUGUGCAGGGGAAGAAAGAAGCUAAUCCAACACAAACAAAGGUGCAGGUGGAGGUUCCUUCCACAGCAGCUAAAGGAGCCAAAGAGGCACCCGUGGUGGAUCCGUUGGAUGCCCUGGCCAGCAUAUUACCAUCAGCUGAUCCUAUCGCAUCCCCAGAGCCUGUAUUCACCGGGCCAGAGGUUAUAGAGCAUGGCAUCACUGCUGAAAAGGGUCAGAAGUGCGGAGAAAGAGACGACACGCUGCCUCCAGGCUACAGAUUCGGAGAUAUGCCUCCAGUUCCUGCAGAUGUCAAACCCAAGGACGUUCCUAAACCACUGAGCACAGACGAGGCCCUGGAUUCACUUUCAGCUGGAUUCAUGACUUCCACCGCUCCAGCUGCACCCAAGAAGCAAGAGAAGAAAGACCAUGUUGACAGUGUCGCUGCCUCAUCUGCUGGCCCUGCUAACUUUGCACCACCUCCUGUGACGAAAGGAGCUCCUCCCAUUGCCGUGUGUCCUGCUCCUCCUGCUGAUAAGAAAGCCAAGAUGGAGAAAGCUUCAGAUGAUUUCUCUCUGGAGGCUGGACUCUCUUCUGUUCCUGCCACGAAAGCAGUUCCUCCUGUGGCUGUGUGUCCUGCUCCUCCUGCUGAUAAAAAAGCCAAGCUGGAGAAAUCCACUGCUGAUUUCUCUCUGGAGGCAGGAUUAGAUACCAAGGUGGACACUAAGCCCAAGAAAGAUGAGGGAGCCUCUGUGCCUCUGGAUGCUCUCAGCGCUCUUGGCGACAUGUUGCCAGUAGAUGCACCAAAACCUGAAUCCCCCAAACUCAGGCCUGAGGACAUCGUCUCGGAGGAUAAACUAAAGAAGAAGAAGGGUGUGCGUGUUGGAGAGAGGGAGGACACACUUCCUCCAGACUACAGGUUUAAUAAGAAGGAACUUGAAAAACUGCCUGCUCCUAAACCUGAGCCCACCAUGGGCACUGGUGAGGCUCUGGACAUUUUGUCUGGAGACUUUGUGACCCCUGCAGCAGCUCCUGCAGUCCAGGCUCCUGUUGUCGCUCCCUCAGCUCCUCCCACACAGAAAGCCUCUCCCGCUGAUAAGAAAGCCAAAAUGGAGAAAGUCUCGGAUGAUUUCUCUCUGGAGGCUGGACUUACGGCUUCUACUGCCAAGGUACAGCACAGCAAACUCACACCUCCUUUUCCACAGAAAGUUGAAUCCUCUGCACUCCCCCCUGCUGAUAAGAAAGGCAAAGAAGCGAAAGCUGCUGCUACAAAGGACACCAAGACCAAGACUAAUCAGGGAGCCUCUGUGCCUCUGGAUGCUCUCGGCGCUCUUGGCGACAUGUUGCCAGUAGACGCACCAAAACCUGAAUCCCCCAAACUCAGGCCUGAGGACAUCGUCUCGGAGGACAAGCAUAAGAAGGAGAAGGGUGUGCGUGUAGGAGAGAGGGAGGACACACUUCCUCCAGACUACAGGUUUAAUAAGAAGGAACUAGAAAAACUGCCUGCUCCUAAACCUGAGCCCACUAUGGGCACUGGUGAGGCUCUGGACAUUUUGUCUGGAGACUUUGUGACCCCCGCAGCAGCUCCUGCAGUCCAGGCUCCUGUUGUCACCCCCUCAGCUCCUCCUGCACAGGGCAAAGUAGAGGAUUUGUCAGCACUGGAUACACUCUCUGGUGAUUUUGUGGCUCCAACCAAAGCUUCUGGAGUUCAGGCACCCGUCCCUCCUCCUACCAAGAAGGCACCAGAGAGAACAGUUUGUCCUCUGGAGCAACCCAACACAAUUGAUGUCAUCCCUGUGCGCCCACAACAGGGGAAACCCAAGACUGAGAAGGGAGCCUCUGUGCCUCUGGAUGCUCUCAGCGCUCUUGGCGACAUGUUGCCAGCACACACACCAAAACCUGAAUCCCCCAAACUCAGACCUGAGGACAUCGUCUCGGAGGACAAACAUAAGAAGGAGAAGGGUGUUCGUGUAGGAGAGAGGGAGGACACACUUCAUCCAGACUAUAGGUUUGAUAAGGAGAAACUAGAAAAACUGCCAGCCCCUAAACCUGAGCCCACCAUGGGCACUGGUGAGGCUUUGGAUAUUUUGUCUGGAGACUUUGUGACCCCCGCAGCAGCUCCUGCAGUCCAGGCUCCUGUUGUCACCCCCUCAGCUCCUUCCACACAGCCCUCUGCCGACUUUGCUCUGGAUGCCCUGGCAGGAGACUUUGUCGCUUCCAGUGCUGCUCCAACAGUCAAGUCUGCUGCUUGUGCUCCCACAGAGACUGCGCUGGCAGCAGAAGCAGACAACGCCCUGGAUGCUCUGUCAGACACCUUGAAGGAUAUUGCACCCGUCCCUCAGCCAGCCCCAGUUCCUGCCAAGGAUAUUGUCAAGGAGAAAAAGGUUGUCGAGGAGAGGCUGAUUAAGAUGGGAGAGAGAGAUGACACGCUGCCUCCAGAGUAUCGACCCACUGAGGAAGAUCUUAAGAAAAUGGCAGAAGCAAAGGCAGAAGCAGCUGCAGCACCCAAGAAGAAGACCAUGGAUGAUAACACAGCUUUGGAUCUGCUGUCCAGUGAUUUCUCUGCUGCUCCCAAGCCUGCACCGGUUACAUCAUGUGCAGAUACACCAAAGCUGGAGCCUCCUGUGCUGGACUCAGAGCCCCUGAAGCCAAUGGCUAGUCCUGCUCUGGACUCCCUGGCCGGCACCCUGCUCCCAAGUGCCCUAGAUGCCAAAUCUAAAACAGACAAACCCAAGGGCAAGAGCAAGUCAAAGUCAAAGUCAAAAAAACACCAUGCAGAGGAGCCAUCUGCCACUGGUGAGCUACCAGCUCAGCCAAGCUCAGACGUUGUACCAACAUCUACAAAGAAAGGAGGCAAGAGCUAGACCACUUGGUUUUCUGUGCAAUUUGUCCUCAAGGCCAAAGGGACGCAUCAGUGAGGGAGCUGCUCUCUGGAUAAUGAUUCUAUUUUUCUAAAUCGUCAAGAAUGUAUUCUGGAUGAAAGACAAACUUAGACAUGCACACACACACACACACACACACACACACACACACACACACACACACACACACACACACACACACACACACACCUACGCGCAGCACCUUUCUUGUUCGAUUUCACAUGUGUUCAAGGCUGAGGAGCUUUUGGUUUCUCUCUUUGGAGAAACUGAAAGGAGACUUUUAAAAUCUAGAUGGAUGUAAAGAAUGAGUGAUGAACAGACAAAGAAAGGAGAGGUGGGGUGGGGGGAGUUUAAGACGUUAAAAAAAAAGUUGUUCUGCUGGUUGGUGUGUUGAGCGUGCUGAGGGAAGGAAGACAUUGCUCGUCAGAGUCCUGCAUGUACAUCUCAGCUGACAGUUCCUAUUUUUCCAAUUAUAGACUAAUAUCACAUCACACAGGUUAUUGAAGCCUGGUGGUGUUGUGACGUUGGUUGGAGCGGUGGUGACUGUCAGCUUGCGCGGAAGCAGUAUGGAUUAGGUGUAUAGUAUUGGGAUGUUUGUGCAAUCUUGAUGUACACAGAAAAGCCAAGUUUUCUAUCAUGAUGUGGUCACAUGCCAUUAAGACACUAGUGUAAAGGUUAGUUUGCUUAUAUUUUGGACAGCACAUAGUUUACAUGAUUAAAUGUGUGGAGGAUUUCCAGGAGGGUGUUCUGCUUAAUUCUGUAUCCGAGAGCUUCUUGCGAAUGCAUUUUACUUUCUGUAGAGAAAUAUCUGUCAAGAAAAGGGUCUUUUUUAAAAAAACAUAUUUGGCCUUGUAGAGAAAAAGAUAACUGGUGUCCAGAAGUGCACUUAGUGAACCAAGGUGGUUAAGCUUUGUAAACCGCCAUUUUGUAUACUGUAAAAAAAAAAAAGAAAGAAGAUUUUUGCUCUAUAUAAGACAACACUGUAUAAUUUACAAAGGGCUUUAAACCGUAAAGUCAAAUCACUAUAAUGUCCCCGAAGUUAUUUUUUCUUCAUGUCAAAGGUUUUGUGUGGGUGUGAGUCAAAAGAUCUGAGAGAUAUUUUAAAUGUGGGAAUGCUAAUUAAAUAAAAUACAUCUAAAAAUAGAA